AUGGCACCACCGGCGGGCGUCAGGCGGGAUUCGACCCAUCUUGCUUUCGGAGCCGGGGCAGGAGCCGGACCCGGAGCCGACAUGGACGUGUCCAAUGAUUCUCCUGGUCAAGAGUCCGUCACGGCCGUGGAUAGCAGCGGCGACAAGGCGGAGAACGCGCCCAAGCGAAUACGUCUAAAUCUCGCCUGCAACCAGUGUCGCAAACGGAAAGUUCGAUGCGAUGCGGAGACCCCCAAGAACCUCCAAAACUCGCCUCAACAUAUUAAUUCCACGACGCUCGGCACGAGGCAUGAGGCAACUAGCAGAUCGCCGCAUGACUGGAACUCCACACCAAACUUUGGCACGAACAGUACGCCGUCUAACGGCAACGGCGGAACUGGAAUGAACCUUUCGGGAGACAGGAACACAUCCCAACCUUCCGAUCUGAGGACACAAUCGUGGGUCUCCAAAGCAUAUGACGCUGCUGCUCAGGGCCAGGGAGACGACCCGGAUCAUGCGGCGAAUGGUCAACAUCAACAUCCUGAUAUCGUCAUCAACACUGAUGAUAACUCCGAAAAAGUGAAGUAUCUUGGUGGAAGCAGCUUGCAGUGUCUGACUGCGUUCUUGGACAUGCAUCUGCGAAGGAGACGACUCCAGACCAUAACACCAUGUUUCAGAGAAGGAAUGCGAUUUGUUGAGGAAUUUGACCUUCCUUUGAGAGUCAUGAUGCCCAACCUACCCGACUCCGCCCAAGACCACAUCGAAACUUUCUUCGUGAAAGUCUGGCCAUUAAUACCCGUCGUCGACCGCGAAUUCAUUUCUGCAGAAUUCGACCGACUACAUCGGAAGCAGCUUGUGCAUCCCGGGGGCCUCAGCCAAGCCAUGAGUAAACAGGAUGUUCCCUCAAUCGUCAUUAUCUUUUCAAUACUAGCAAUUGGCGCAGAUGAAACCGCUGGCUCUGCCACGGAUUUUGGGAACUCUUAUCUUGAAGCUGCAUACAGUCUUUACGGACACUUGGUUGCCAGUCCGUACUUGCCAAGUGUCCAAGCUUUGAUACUACUCGGAUUUGCCCUCCGUGGCAAAUCCAAGGACGGCCAGUGCUGGCAGCUCACUGGGCAAGCGGUCCGAAUAGCACACUCUAUAGGACUUCACCGGCACAUAUCAUCACGUUCGAGACAAGCAAAUAGAGGUUUCCCAGAAACUUUUACGUCCGACCAAUUAAGCGCGGCAACGCUCUCCUUGGAAGCUCGAGUCUGGUGGUCAUGCUACGCAAUUGAGAGGUUGAUGGAGCUAGAAACAGGUCGACCCUCGGCUUUGACCGAACAGGAGAUUGACCAAAUCCAUUUCCCACACCCCCAGAGCUCGGAAGGAGACUCUGUGACGGGGCCUCUUCAUCUCUUCGUCCUGUGGGUCUCUCUCGCACGCGUCAUGGGCCAGAUAAGCGAGCAUCUGUAUCACAGACGCAUUUCAGAUUCAUGGCAACUCCUCUAUGAGACCGGGCGGCUUGACCAGCUUCUUCUGGAGUGGGUCAAAACAGUGCCGGAAGGUAUCAAGCCAGGCCACGAGCUGGUCCAUCUUGGGCCCGACACAGAGGACUCCGAGUCCGGUCACCAGCAUCAACACAUCGCGGCAUUCCUUUCGUUGCAGUAUUAUCAGGCACAAAUCACUUUGUUCAGGGCAUCUUUGGCUUUCCCAACACAGAAGUACCUCGAGGAGAUCAGGACGAGGAACGCAACCAGGCGACUUCCUUCGUAUCUUCGGCUGCUGCAGAGUCAGAAUCUUAGCAUCGCGGCCGCGAGGUCCAUGGCGCGUCAGGUGCUCGAGAUAGCAGAUCAUGUCGUGUCCUCGAAACAUCUCUUUGCACCAACUCAAACCAUUUCUUGCUGCGGUUGUUUUGGGGUUGAAUAUUUUGAAGAACCCCGGCAAGCGGAUGAUUAG